AUGAUACGUAACCCUGAACAAGGACAUCCGAAUUUGUGUUCCUUGAAACAUUUUAAUCUCAGGCUAGAGAGAAUUAAAGAACUGAAAAAGCUCAAGGCUGCACAAAAAGCAGAAUCUGCUAAACUUCAGGCACAUCAGUCUUUCAAUGCUUUGAAAGAAGGGAAGAAAAAGAACACGAAAAGAGAAGGCUUGGAAGAUAAUCCUGAAGAUUAUGUUGAUCCAGUGACACCAUCAGGUGAGAGGAAACAGCUUUCUCAUCGAAUGGUGAAAGCAUACCAUCCAACAUCGGUAGAGAGUUCGUCAGUUAUUGAAAUAUAUGCCAGCAGUUCAAAGCCUACCUUUUUGCGAUUGGGAUUGUUUAAUGAAGAUAUAACCCGUAUUGAUAGUAGUAAUGACUGUUUGCAGGAUACUAUGAUUCGCUGGCGAAGGAUACCUGGGAUGGAUCAUGCUAGCAUUGCAACUCAGGUUGUAGUUGAGAAGAAGCUUAAGCGGAAAUUGAACAAGGCAAGACAUGAUUUUAGUCGUCAGGAGUUCAUAGAUGAAGUUUGGAAGUGGAAAGCUGAAUAUGGUGGCACUAUCUUAAAGCAAUUACGAUGUCUAGGUGCUUCUCUUGACUGGUCACCUGAGUGCUUCACCAUGUAUGAACCUAGAUCAAGAGCUGUGACUGAAGCUUUUGUGCGUCUAUAUGAAGGUCUCAUUUACAGCAAUGGAGGAGGCCAAGAAUUUGCAGGUAUGCCUCGAUUUGAAGCACACGUGGCCAUAACUGAAGCAUUGAAGAUAAAGGUGUAAGGGGUACCUCCUCUGCCAAUCUGAUCGCGUGACUGGCUUGCAAGACCAUGAGUUGGAGAUAGUGACGCUGGCAUCGCUAUCAUCACUAGAAGUAUCUCCUUAACUCUUUCCGGUCAAUGUCAUCGCUAUCAUCACUAGAAGUCAUGUUUAUUGCACUAUAUCCCAUGUAAGGUUUUGUUCUCCCCUUAUGCGCCACUGAACUUUACAGCACUAAUAGACCAGUAGUGGAUUAUAGGUUAUUACUUCUUCUGUUUUUGCAUGUCAGAUACAGAUUCUCUUGAUUAGUUCUAGGCAUGAUCGCAACAUAUAUUAUCCAAAC